AAACGAUCAAGUAGAACCCAAUUAGUAUAUAAGUAGCGUAGUACACGAGUUGAUUAAUGGACAGUUUCUUUCUUCUUCAAGAGAGCAAAGAGAAACCAGAGCCAGCCCAAUCCAAAAUGAGUUCCUCUGUUCAAGAUCCUGAAGUUUCACCAGAAUUUCGUCAAGAACACAGAAUUCCGGUUCUCGAUUCCGCCGCUGUUCUUCAGCUCCUAGCGGCGCUGCGGCUCAAUUCGGCCCCAAUCAAGUGCGAAAACCACCAGGCAACCACCGUGGGGAAAUGCACUGAAUGCGUCUCUAACAAGAGACAAUCCCCUUCUGAUUUGUCUCCUGAACAACCGUCUUCCAAGAGGGCCGCCCACCACGACCCAUCUUCCUCCGCCGCCAGUAACUCCGACGAUCUACUUCUCAGCCCACUCAGUCCAUCCACUGGUCUUACCCGGACUCUUUCUGCUCCAAUUCCCACCAAGAAUCUUUAUGAUCAAUUCUCAGAUGGUGCUUUGCCGGCCAAUUCUUCGAUCAGCAAUCCCUUGCCGGAGGAGAACUCCGGCGUUAAUUCUGCGCCCCUUAUGACGCCGCCGUGUCAGAAACCUGAACAACCUCUUUACAGGACAUACUCUGAACCCAUUCCGGUGGCUCACCUGGCGGUUGCAACCUCCGCCACCCCCAGACCUCCAUCGGAAGGAAAAGAUUCACUCUUGGCGGGCCUUCAAAAGAAAGAAAGUCCUGCUUCAAAGAGGUUCAGAAGGAUGAAGGACAGACUGAGAGAAAUGAGAAAACGGUGGAAAGAAGUCAUCAAGGAAGGUGAAGAAGAGGAAGAGGACUCUGCCUCCGAAAAUUAUGAACAUUGCCCAUCAAAGGAUGAUUGUGAAGCAAGUCAAGGGACUGAAGGGAGUGGAACUGAAGAAGCUUGUCAUGAUCAGGAAGCUGUGUGGGUGGAGAGGAAAGGGGCGGUUCUGAUUCUCCAUUUCAAGUGUCCCUGCAGCAAAGGCUAUCAGAUUCUCCUCUCUGAGAAUAGUUGUUACUAUAAGCUCACAUCUUUCUGAUCUCAGAAAGUAUUUUUAUGAUCAUCUUCGGCAUUGUAUUAUCUUAGAAUUCGUCUGCCAUUUACUGCACAUAUAGUCCAUUCAAUAACAAGUCUAGUUAGACAACUGUCUGUCUGUUUGUGUUUGUUUUCAGAAUUGUUCAUGGCUAAAAGGGAAGUAGAAAGUGUAGUGGUACUGUUGAGGAUACAUAGAGUUGUGUUUAAGAGAUAUUCAUUUGUAAGAUUGUACUGC